GCUUGUCAAAGGCUCGUGGCUCUUCGACUACGGAUUGCGUCUUGGUAAAAAGCCGACGGGCGCUCCACCCGCACAAGAAUAAUCAUACUUUAGUAAUUUUAUUGAUCAAGCAAUGUUAUUUAUAUUUGAUGUAUUAAUGAAUAAUCCAAAGGAUUCACUAUUCAAGGUUUUGCACUGAUACUGCGUUUGCCUUCUUCAGUUUGCCAUGGCAACCGUGGUGAUGGAGCAGAUUGGUCGCCUGUUCAUCAAUGCUCAACAGUUGCGUCAGAUUCCUCAGCUGCUCGAGUCGGCCUUCCCUACUCUGCCCUGCACCGUGAAGGCCCACGAUGUGCCCUGGGUGUUCCGGGAGCCUCACAUCAUUGGAGGCUACAGGCAGCCGGAGCACAGCUGGCACUACUACUUCCUCACCCUCUUCCAGAGGCACAACGAGGCACUCAACGUUUGGACCCACCUGCUCGCCGCCUUCAUCAUCCUGGUCAAGUGCCAGGAGCUGUCCGAGACAGUGGAUUUCCUCCGUGACCCCCACGCCCAGCCCCUGUUUAUCGUCCUCCUCUCAGCCUUCACCUACCUGUCGUGCAGUGCCUUGGCCCACCUGCUCAACGCCAAGUCCGAGCUCUCCCACUACACCUUCUACUUCCUGGACUAUGUGGGCGUGGCCAUCUACCAGUAUGGCAGCGCUCUGGCCCACUUUUACUAUGCCAUCGAGGAGGGCUGGCACGCCCGGGUGCGAGGGAUCUUCCUGCCCACCGCAGCGUUCCUAGCCUGGUUCUCGUGCUUCGGCUGCUGCUACGGCAAGUAUGCCAGCCCGAGGCUGCCCAAGUUUGCCCACAAGCUGUUCCAGGUGGUGCCCUCGGGCCUGGCCUACUGCCUGGACAUUAGCCCCGUGCUGCACCGCAUCUACAGCUGCCACCAGCAGGAGGGGGGCUGCUUCAACCAGGCUGUGGCUUACCACCGCUACCAGGUACUCUUUUUCCUGGUGAGCGCCUACUUCUUUGCCUGCCCCCACCCAGAGCGAUGGCUGCCCGGGCGAUGUGACUUCAUUGGCCAGGGCCACCAGAUCUUCCACGUGUUCCUGGUGCUGUGCACCCUAAUGCAGAUCGAGGCGACACGCAUAGACUACAUUGAGCGGAGGCCCCUCUACGAGCGUCUCCACGGCAACCUGGCCCAUGAUGCAGUGGCACUCUUCGUCUUCACGGCAUGCUGCAGCGCGCUCACUGCCUUCUACGUGCGGAAACGUGUGCAGGCGCAAAUGUGCGAGAAAGAGGAGUAGGAGCUGUCAGGACAGAGGGAUAAAGGAGGAUAAGGGAGAAAGACUAAUCUGAUUUACACUGGAAUGCUAAAAAAGACAAGAGAUUAAAGCAAUCAAACUGUUCAUUUUGUAAAAAGACCUGCUGUUUUUUCUGUUCUUUUUUUGUGGCCUGCCAAAUGACAUUUUAAACUGGCAACAUAGACUGUCUUGUAAUGUUGACCUUCCAGGAAGACAGAAAAAUCCUGGUAGUUUCUGUCUGUCAUAUCACACACAGUCCCUGUAACAUUCCAAAUAACGACUUUGCACUUCACAGAGCGGGUAAAAUGAAGUUCGGAAUUGAGACUUUUUUAUUGUGUUGAUUUUCCUCUUAAUUUUCUACUCUACUGUGAGAUCACAUGUCAUGGCCUGGCUAUCUACUGAAUAGUCUGACUAACACCAAGCAUGACACAAACCAUCUCAAUAGAGGUAUGCAGGAAAGAAUGGAAAGUAUACCCACGUUGCCCUUAAGUGAAUAAUCAAAUAAAUAAUUAUAAUAAUUUCUCA